ACUUUUUCAGAGAUCAGCUCAGUGCAGGAACAGACUUCAUGGUGGUUUUUAACAGCUCACACAGCUAUAUACACUGAGUACAGCACACAGGGUGAUCAGAGAGAUGCUCUACCUGGACAUGUAUUAUCUGUUGGUACUGCUGCUGCUGUGCAGCUCAGGACUCCAGGCUGAAGGAGAUCAAGCCUCAACAGAGUCUGAUGUCAGGUUGGUGGGAAGAGCCAGUCGCUGUGCAGGAACACUGGAGGUGAAACAUCACAGAGAAUGGAGACCAGUGAGGUACUACUCUGACUGGACACUGAAGACAGCAGCUGCUGCUUGCAGAGAGUUGGACUGUGGCUCUGCUGUUUCUGUAAGAAAGAUAGAAUGGUACAGAUCUGUGUGGAAGAUCAGGUCUGACUGUGUUGAGUCUGGAUCUGCUCUGAGGGAGUGUGCAGAAUCAGGUUCCUCUUCAUACAUCCUUUAUCUCAGCUGCUCAGACUCUGUCAGGCUGGUGAAUGGGACCAGUCUGUGCUCAGGAAAACUGGAGGUGAAGACUAAUCAGUCUACCCAGCGCUGGUCCUCAGUGUGUGAAGAUGACUUUGACCAGCAGGAUGCAGAGGUGGUCUGUAGGGAGCUUGGCUGUGGGGCUCCUUCAGUCCUCCAGGGGGCGCUCUAUGGAGAAGUGGAGACUCCAAUGAGGACCAAAGAGUUCCAGUGUGGAGGAAAUGAGUCUGCUCUCCUGGAGUGUAGAAGCUCAGGCUCAGAUAGAAACACCUGCUCACCUGAAAAAGUGGUUGGACUCACCUGCUCAGAGCCUGUCAGGUUGGUGGGAGGAGCCAGUCGCUGUGCAGGAACACUGGAGCUGAAACGUGACGGAGAAUGGAGACCAGUGAGUUACAUGACAGUAGAUUAUUACGAGGAUGGACCUGGCUGGACACUGAAGAAAGCAGCUGCUGCCUGCAGAGAGUUGGACUGUGGCUCUGCUGUUUCUGUAGGAAAGAUAGAAUGGUACAGAUCCGUGUGGAUGAUCUGGUCUGACUGUGUUGAGUCUGGAUCUGCUCUGAGGGAGUGUGCAUUAUCAGAUUCCUCUUCCUCCAUCCUAAAUCUCAACUGCUCAGACUCUGUCAGGCUGGUGAAUGGGACCAGUCUGUGCUCAGGCAGACUGGAGGUGAACACUAACCAGUCCACCCAGCGCUGGCCCUCAGUGUGUGAAGAUGACUUUGACCAGCAGGAUGCAGAGGUGGUCUGUAGGGAGCUUGGCUGUGGGGCUCCUUCAGUCCUCCAGGGGGCGCUCUAUGGAGAAGUGGAGCCUCCAAUGAAGACCAAAGAGUUCCAGUGUGGAGGAAAUGAGUCUGCUCUCCUGGACUGUAGAAGCUCAGGCUCAGAUAGGAACACCUGCUCACCUGGAAAAGCUGUUGGACUCACCUGCUCAGAGCCUGUCAGGUUGGUGGGAGGAGCCAGUCGCUGUGCAGGAACACUUGAGGUGAAACAUCAGAGAGAAUGGAGGCCAGUGAGGUACCAUGACUCUGACUGGACCCUGAAGACAGCAGUUGCUGCCUGCAGAGAGUUGGACUGUGGCUCUGCUGUUUUUGUAGAAGAGAGAGAAGAGUCCUCAGGCAGAUCUGUGUGGAGGAUCAGGUUUAACUGUGUUCAGUCUGGAUCUGCUCUGAGGGACUGUGCAGAAUCACAAUACUCUGACUACAUCAUGGAUCUCACUUGCUCACACCUGCUGCUUCAGCCCAACAUCUCUGUGUCCUCCAUGGACGGGGUCUCUGAGGCCCAGCAGCAGGGGUUCCAGGUGUUCAGGGGCUCCACCUUCACCAUCAGCUGCUCCAUCCAGCCACAGUACCCAGGAGGCUCCUUCCAGCUCACCUUCACCUCCUCCAACUCAGCACACAACUCCACCCAGCCAGCUGUCAAUCACUCUGCCCACUUCCUGUUCCCUGCUGCAGAGCCCGCCCACCAAGGAACAUACAGCUGUGUUUAUCACCUCUAUGUUUUCUCUCAUAACUUCUCCUCUGAAAGCCAUCUGCUCUCUCUCACUGUCUCAGAGCCUGUCAGGUUGGUGGGAGGAGCCAGUCGCUGUGCAGGAACACUGGAGCUUAAACAGGGAGAAUGGAGACCAGUGAGUUACAUUACAGUAGAUUAUUACUCUGACUGGACCCUGAAGAAAGCAGCUGCUGCCUGCAGAGAGUUGGACUGUGGCUUUGCUGUUUCUAUAGGAGGGAGAAAACAGUCCUCAGACAGAUCUGUGUGGAUGAUCGGGUCUGACUGUGUUGAGUCUGGAUCUGCUCUGAGGGAGUGUGCAGCAUCAUCUUCCUCUUCCUCCAUCUUGAAUCUCAGCUGCUCAGGCUCUGUCAGGCUGGUGAAUGGGACCAGUCUGUGCUCAGGCAGACUGGAGGUGAAGACAAACCAGUUUACCCAGCACUGGUCCUCAGUGUGUGAACAUGACUUUGACCAGCAGGAUGCAGAGGUGGUCUGUAGGGAGCUUGGCUGUGGGGCUCCUUCAGUCCUCCAGGGGGCGCUCUAUGGAGAAGUGGACCCUCCAAUGACGACCAAAGAGUUCCAGUGUGGAGGCCAUGAGUCUGCUCUCCUGGACUGUAGAAGCUCAAUCUCAGAUAGAAACACCUGCUCAUCUGGAAAAGCUGUUGGACUCACCUGCUCAGAACCUGUCAGGUUGGUGGGAGGUUCCAGUCGCUGUACAGGAACACUGGAGGUGAAACAUCAGAGACAAUGGAGACCAGUGGGUGGCUAUUAUGACUGGCCCCUGAAGCAGGCAUCUGAGAUAGCAGCUGCUGCCUGCAGAGAGUUGGACUGUGGCUCUGCUGUUUCAGUAAAAGAGAGAGAGUCCUCAGUCAGAUCUGUGCAGUGGAUCAGGUCUAACUGUGUUCAGUCUGGAUCUGCUCUGAGGGAGUGUGCAGAAUCCCUUUACUCUGCCUACAUCCUGGAUCUCACCUGCUCAGACCUGCUGCUUCAGCCCAACAUCUCUCUUUCCUCCUCCAUGGACGGGGUCUCCGUGGCCCAGCAGCAGGGGUUCCAGGUGUUCAGGGGCUCCACCUUCACCAUCAGCUGCUUCAUCCAGCCACAGUACCCAGGAGGCUCCUUCCAGCUCACCUUCACCUCCUCCAACUCAGCACACAACUCCACCCAGCCAGCUGUCAAUCACUCUGCACACUUCCUGUUUCCUGCUGCAGAGCCCGCCCACCAAGGAACAUACAGCUGUGUUUAUCACCUCUAUGUUUUCUCUCAUAACUUCUCCUCUGAGAGCCUUCUGCUCUCUCUCACUGUCUCAGAUCCAUCAUCAGAUCCAUCAUCAGAUCCACCAGAUCCAUCAUCAGAUCCAUCAUCAGAUCCACCAGAUCCACCAGAU